AAUUCUGAUCCCGCUCCAGGUCAGCUUGUGGCGGUAAUGCACCAAUAACCACCAUAAAACCUAAAAGAAGAACACCACCAAAGAAGAAACCCGGAAGUAUGCUCAUCAACGUGAGCUGUGAGGGUUCGGUGAUGAAAUGGAAGGGGUGUCAGAUGACCUCACAGUGACCUCAUCAAACAGGAAGUCCACUGCUGUCACAGGAAGUGCAAGAAAGAUCAAAGACAACGCGGCGGAUUGGCACAACCUGAUCCUAAGGUGGGAAAAACUCAACGAUGAAGGAUUCACAGCGGCGGGAAACAUCAUCAACAUCAGACAGACACACUCCCAGAGAGAUCAGCUGCUGCUGGCUGAUGAGUCUUCGUCAUCCUCAUCAUCUUCAACAGCUCCCUCCCAGCAGACAGGGGGCGCUGCAGAGCUGCAGGAAGAAUGCAGCAAACUGAAGGACGUCGUCGACAAGAUGGUUGUUGUGGUGAUGAAGAUGGAGCGUCUGGUGACAUCACAGCGAGGCAUUCAGGAGCUGGAGGAGUUUCAGUUCGGACCUGAAGGGAGAAAGUUUCCUCUGUUUCACACCUGGAACACCAAACAGUUUGACGACUUGUGUGGUGUCCUGCUGGACGCGUUCCGUCAGGAGUUGAAGUUGAAGCAGAUGAUCCUGCAGGAAGUGGCUCACACUGCGACCUCUGACCUCUGCAUGGUCUACCUGUCCUGCUGGCUGCACCUGCCAUACAUCCCCCCGCAGACCAGACUGAACCUGGAGGCUCUUCUGCUAGAGACCGGGCACCGCCUGCUCUGAUGUCAUCGACCUCCAGAGUCAUGCUGUUUAACACAAGAGUGUGUAUUACACAGGUGUGUAUAACACAGGUACGCUGUGGGACUGCUUCCUGCUCCAGGUGAGCUCAGAAGGCGAGCCGGACUGAACCUUGAGUGUCUGAUUUGUUCAGUUUCUGUCUCUGGAGUGUUUUUAUAAGUUUAAUACGAACAUGAAAGAAUAAACAUAUUUAAUGAAUUCAACUUUGAACUUGUAGAAAGUUUCUUGUCUACCACUGCA